AUGGCUCCGAUUACAACUAAUUAUUCCGAGAUCCAGCAUGAUGAGAUCGAGGCUUUGCGCUCUAUCUAUAUGGACGAUUUCCUGGAGGAGGAAGCAAAGACUGGGGCAUGGAAGAAAGCUGCUGAUCGGGCCUUCCAAAUCAAUCUCCGUAAUCAAACAAGCGAGGAACAGAACAUCGCUCUUACUCUUGCUGUCUCUUUGCCGCCUACUUAUCCCAAAUCUCUUCCGCGUUUGAAUCUGCGUUUUGGACACUCGAUUCGUCAAAAAGAACAAAAGCAAGCUCAAGAUAUUAUCAGCAGCAAGCCAAAAUCUCUACUUGGCUCUGAAAUGAUCUUCGAAAUUGCUACUUCAUUGCAAGACCUUCUUGAUGAUAAUGCUACCUCAUUAAACAUCGUCCCUACCUUAGACGAGGAAAGAGCCGCAAGAGAGGUUGCCGCAAGACUUAAAGCCGAACAAGAUGAAGAAGAAAGGCGGCAACAGGCCAUUAAGGCUGACGAAGAAGAGGAACAAAUGCUUCUAGAAAUGGUCAAGCACCGAAAAUCACGAUCCAACAGGCGCAACAGCAAGUCAAUAAAUCAAUUGGAUGAACCGGUUAGUGGGGAGGAUAUCCUUGGAGGUGUCACCUUUGAACGCCCCGCACGAACGAGAAACAGAAAUGACAGUGGGACAAUGACCAUACACACCGUACAUCAAAGGGUUCAAUACCGUCAAGGUCCAGUAUCUAACGUGGUUACAGUCCAGCCAUGGAACGUGGAUCAAGCGGUAUCCACCCACGAGAAUCCGCCUUAUUUAGUUCUCAAAGAAUGUAAGAUUUCAUCGACGAAACGAGCUGUCCAGAACUUAGAGUCAAGACUCGAGUUUCAUACCCAACUCAAUUCCCAUCAGUGCAUCUCUCAGCCCCUUACUUUUCGAAUUCAGCGGGAUACUGCCACCGAACCUUCGUCUUCUAGUGAUGAUGCCAAUUGGACCAUCAUUAUACUAAUGGAACUUGCUGAGAGACGGUCAUUACGGGAAACCCUGGAAGUUGUCGACAAAUUGGACGCAAAGCUGGUGCGUGCAUGGUCUAUACGGCUCAUCGAAGGUCUCCAACAUUACCAUCGACAUGGAUCUGCACACGCAAGCCUCCACUUGGGUAACGUACUCCUAGAAACAGGCGAAGCAGAGAGGGGUGAUAGGAAAGUCACCGUCCCCAAGCUGUCAGAUGGAGGGUACCAACGCGACUUGCACUUGCUGAAAAAGGGUAAUACCUCAAGGUACUCCUCGAUUGCCUGGACCGCGCCCGAAGUAGUCAACAACAACAGCCAAGCGGAGGCCAUGCCAGCGACAGAUAUAUGGGACUUCGGCCGUUGUUUCUUGCAGAUGGCCUUCGGAUUGAGCAUUUUGGAACAUCCAUCCCCAAAGUCUCUGAUGGAGGAGCUAAAAAUGAGCAAGAGUUUAAUGGCAUUGCUAAGCCAGAUUUUCCAGAACGACCCCAAGAAGCGCCCCUCUGCUUGGGAUUUGUUACAUUUUGAGUUCUUCCGCAAUGAUGAUCAUUUGCUCGAUGAGGAUCCCACCUUCUCUUCGAUUUCUGGAGAGGCCGCACCCUCUGAUGGUAAAGGCUUGCAGCGGCACCAUUUUCGACGGGAAUCGACUGCGGCUCCGCAAUCACGCUAUGCAAAGGAGUUUGUGGAAGACGGUCGCCUCGGUCGUGGUGGCUUCGGAGAGGUCUUUAAAGCGAGAAACAAAGUCGACGGACAGCCAUAUGCAGUCAAGAAAAUCAAAGCUCGGUCAAAAUCCGCUUUAGACCCUGUGCUCAGCGAAGUGACAGUCCUGUCCCGCCUCAACCAUCCGAACGUGGUCAGGUACUUUGCGGCAUGGAUAGAUGAUGGUAUUGCGGUGGACGAUCAUAUUAGUUCAGAAUCGUCAGGGAAUGAGACCCUGUCUUCGCUCACUAAUGGGGGAAAUAGACCCGUCUUACCGUCAAGUUCGAGGGGUCUCGACUUCAUAAGCUCGAGCAACGCGCACGUUGUCUUCGGCAAUGAAAUUGACGCAGAUACAAUCGCGGAGGAAUCCAGCCAAGAUGAAGGCAGUGAUGACGAGGACGCAGACCAGAGCUCUGGCAGUAGCCCCGGACCAAUUGAGCCCGAUAGUGACGGAGUCGGUAAGAGUAUCCCCGUUAUCGAAGCAGGAUCCUGGUUAGGUUCUCAGGGACAGGCGAUGUGGACAGUACUUUACAUCCAGAUGGAAUACUGCAAACCAGAGACUCUACGCGACCUUAUCAACUCCGGUCUACAUGCAAAUGCUGCUGAAAGCUGGAGACUAUUUCGGCAAAUCGUUCAAGGAUUAGUGCACAUACACGCUGCUUCGAUCGUCCAUCGUGAUCUUAAACCCGAAAACAUAUUCAUUGAUAGUGACGGCGACGUACGUAUCGGCGACUUCGGUUUGGCAAGACCUGGCGACUACCGGACCUCUGUCAACAACCCUCGUACAGCAACAAGGGAAGUUUUUGGUAGCUUUACCAAGGACGUAGGCACUGCCUCCUAUGUUGCGCCAGAAGUCCGAUCGGCAGGGAAUGGAAAGUACAAUGAAAAGGCAGAUAUGUACUCCUUAGGCGUGAUACUUCUCGAGAUGAAUGUUCCUUUCUUCACGGGUAUGGAGCGGGCCGAGACGCUGGAAUUGUUGCAGAAAGAGGACCAUGCGCUUCCCUCGGCCCUAGACAAUACAGAAAAAGCAACUCAAGCAGUGAUUUUUAUGUCGUUGAUCCAGCACAAGUCAACCCACAGACCCAGCAGUUCGGAACUUCUUCAAAGCGGUCAGAUUCCAGUCCAAGAUGAAGAUGAAUCCUUUCGCAUGGCACGCCGGCUUCUAGCCGAUCGAACUUCACACUUUCGGUCACAAUUCAUCAACAGUCUGUUCAACGAGAGGCAUGCGAUAGACAAUUCGUCAAUUACAAUGAGAAUCGCACCUACGGAUCCGAUGCGGGCAGUCACGUUGCUCGAGGAUGUAAGGGCUAUGUCACGGUCUUUGCCCGACGACUUGGAUCUUCAGGCCAUGGUUAGAGAAAGACUGACAGCAAUUUUUCAUCGUCAUGGCGCCGUUGAAAGAACGGACAGCCCGGCUCUGUUCCCAUAUCACUCUUGCUAUCCGUCAGCAGAUGUCGUUCAGUUCCUUUCUCCCACGGGUAAAGUCAUGCAGUUACCGUAUGACCUAAUACUACCGAAUGCCAUGUUGUUGGCUCGACACUCUAGACCAGAACCGAAAACUUUCGUCUUUGACAAUGUGUAUCGGGUCGAUCAUUUACGGGAUCAGCCCAAGAUAUUUGGGGAAGCUAACUUCGAUAUUGUGUCAGAAAAUAGCCUCAACCUUGCGCUUCGUGAGGCUGAAGUACUCAAAGUCAUUGAUGAGAUCCUUGACACAUUCCCGAGCUUGGCAUCGGUGCAGAUGUGCUACCAUAUUAAUCAUGCGCAAUUACUAGAUGCCAUCCUGCGUUUCUGCGAUGUCGAGGUUUCGAAAUGGCCUGCCGUCAAAGAAACGGUCAGCAAGCUUCAUACAGGGGAGUGGACAUUUGCAAAAGUAAGGCACGAAUUACGUGGACCUUCCAUUGCUGUUGCUGCGACUUCACUGGAUGAGCUUGAACGCUUUGAUUUCCGAGAUACACUGGAAAAGGCUAUUGCGAGGAUUCGGUCAAUCAUCAAAGACACUGCUGAUCUUGAGUCGGCAUUUGCUCACAUGCAGGCCGUCAUCACUUACCUGGUCCGCUUCAAUGUCAAGCGAAAGGUGUACCUCAAUCCGUUAAGCAGCUACAAUGAGAAUUUCUACCGUGGAAAUCUGUUAUUCCAAUGUCUCUACGACCAGAAGAAGAGAUCGGUCCUUGCCGCUGGAGGCCGCUAUGAUCAUCUUAUCCACGAUCACCAGCUUAUCACGUCAAGGAAGAACCACGUCUAUGCUGUAGGGUUUCAGCUUGCUUGGACAGGGCUUUGCGCGGAUAUGGUGAGUUACCUCAAGAGGGGAACGAAAUCAAAGGCCAAGAGGAAGUCUCAAUCUCUAAUCGGUCUGGCGUGGAGCAAGAGACGAUGCGAUGUUCUUAUCGAUAGUUUCGACCAAGCUCACCUCGACUCGGUCGGUGUCGAUAUACUGCACGAGCUUUGGUCAAAUGGUAUCAGCGCAGAGCUUGCAGAGGAAGACCACGGUACCAAAGCCGAGAACAUAUUUGCGAAAAGCAAAGAAAGCCGUCAAGACCAUAGCUGGGUUGUGUUGAUCAAGUCGGAGGAUUCAAUGAAAGUCAAAUCAAUCAGCAGAAAGGAUGAGAUCGAGAUCCGACUAUCAGAUCUCACUGGACAUCUUCGUGGCGAAAUUCGUGAGCGAGACAGACUAGAAGGCCGGACACCAAGAGUAUCAAUACAACAUCAAAGCAGCCAACAAGACGUGAACGGAACUGAGACCGAUCGUGAAGUAGAUAUAAAAGUUCUGAUGUCGCAGAAUAAGGGCAAGAAGGUUAAUCGAAAGACUAUCGUGGAAGAGGCCCAACAACAUAGGGCGGAAUAUCUCCAGAAUUGUGCAGAUGGCCCUAUCGUAGCCAUUGAAACCAAGGACGACAUCUUCGAGGGGAUAAUCGACACACGCCUCUCAGAUCCUGAAUCAUGGAAGAAGUUCAUUCAAAGCGCUGCUCCAGGCGAGCGCCAGUACCUCGGACAGCUGCACAAUCUACUCAAAACCAUGGCAAAAGAGGCCGUACCUGGGAACUCAACCGCGGUUGUCUACAAUUUCCGUACAAAGGCGUGCAUCUCGUAUAACCUGGGGAAGGCAUCCUAA